AUGGCUUUAAAACCAGCGCCCCUAAUAGCGCCCAUGCUGCGCCGCGCAUUCGCUCCUCCAAAAAGCCUCCCUCAAUCCGCCCUCCGUCGAUCUCAUCAUCCAUCACCCAUCGCCAUCGGCAUCACAACUUCUCCCUACCAGCACCGCCGCCUCGCACACACCAUCCCCCCCCCCCCCCAAAAGAAACCCCCAAACGAACCCGCCACCAAAGACGCCCCCCCCAGCGAAAGCGACCGCCCCGAAUUCAAAGGCCCGGCCUUUUACCAGCUUUCCUUCACCUGCGUGCCCUGCGGCCAUCGCUCGCACCACAACGUCUCGAAACAGGGCUAUCAUCGCGGCUCUACGCUGAUUACGUGUCCGAGCUGUCGCAAUAGGCACGUCAUCAGCGACCAUUUGAACAUUUUUGGCGAUCGCAAAAUCACUGUUGAGGAUUUGAUGCGGGAAAAGGGCCAGCUGGUGAAGAGGGGCUCUUUGGGAGAGGACGGGGAUAUUGAGUUUUGGCCGGACGAGGGGAUACCGGAGGAACUUGCGGAUAUUACAGGCAAAGACAAGGAAGGCUCGUCAUGA